AUGCGUAAACUUGCUGGUACAACGUGGGGAGCAAAUGAGCAUAUACGCAAGACAGUACGUCAGGGAAUGCGUAGCAGCUUCGUUCACGAGGCAAAGAAACUCGAUGGAGAGUUCGCACCUGAGCUGACCAUACCAGACUCUCCUAGGCAGCGAAGAUAUAUUAUAAACCCUUUAGGGAAUGAUCCGUCUUCAGUGACUGUGAGACUUGCUGUUCCUCAUCUUGACCGCGGGAAACAAGAAGAUGAAGGCAAUGAAGAGGCAGACCAACUGACAAACCUAGGAGCUCAGUCACAGCAACCAACAACACAUGUGAGCAACAAGGAGGAAGAUGCUUUUCAUCACCUCGAUCGGUCAAAACAAGUGAUGCUGACUGCCACAACAAAGGCAAAAGCCCCUGACGGUGAGAAGUUUGAAAAUGUGAGGAUUAUACUAGAUUCGGGGUCUCGUAGAACAUAUGUUACUGAAUAUCUAGCACGACGGUUAGGGUUGAAAGAAGAAGAAGAAAUACAGUUGGUAACGUUCGGAAGUAAAAACACGAAGAUCAUUAAAACAAGAUCUACCAGACUUGAAAUAAAAUCAAAAGACGGGAAGUACAUGACCCUUUCUGCCAAUAUUAUACCAAGCAUAACAGGAACGAUCCAUCGGAACCAAAUUAAGUUCCAUUCUCCGAACAAGUUCGCUGAACUUACUCGAAACUUAAGUCUAGCUGACACUAUUCCAACACAAAACGAAACAAUCAAAAUCGAUUUGCUCAUUGGAAACGACUUCUACCUAGAAAUAAUUAGAUCGGAAAAGAUUGAAGUGCAACCAGGAUUAUACUUGUUAUCUUCGUGUUUAGGUUGGAUCUUAACGGGUAGAACACAGCCGAAAGAGCAAACAAAAAUGAAUGACAUCAACAUGUUUAUUCUCACAUAUGGAAAUAAUGUGACGGAGACAAGUGUGUUUGGGAGUGUUGAUGAUGCUCUUCAAACAAAACCAAAUAUAGAAGACUUUUGGAAUAUGGAGGUAAUUGGUAUUACAGACAACGCUGAUAAAUCAGGUGAUGAGAUUACGAUGUCACAUUUUCAGAAAACAGUGAAAUGCUCCGAUGAUGGAAGAUAUGAAGUGACAUGGCCUUGGAAAGAUGAAUUUCCAGAGUUGCCGGAAAAUAGAGGAUUAGCACUUGAAAGACUUCGGUCACUUUCUGGGAAACUACUACAGAGACAACCUGAACUACUAGAAAAGUAUGAUAGUGUCAUUCAAGACCAAUUGGACAAAAGGGUAAUUGAAAAGGUCGAAAGGUCGCAAUGUGAUGGAAUGAAACAUUAUACCCCUCACCAUGUUGUUAAAAAACCUGAAAAGUCUACUACCAAGUUACGAAUAGUAUAUGAUGCGUCAGCAAAAACAAGGAAAGAACAUAAAAGUCUCAAUGAGUGUUUGUACAGGGGACCAGUAUUACUUAGAGAUCUGUGUGGGAUUUUGCUAAGAUUUAGACUUAACAAAAUUGGAAUGGUAUCUGACAUUGAAAAGGCGUUCUUGCAAGUGCGACUCCAAACACAAGAAAGAGACGUUACUAGAUUUCUCUGGUUUAAGACAUGUGACAAUCCAGUGGUAGAUGAGAAAGAUAUUCAGGAGUACCGAUUUUGUCGCGUGCCUGUCGGUAUUAUAUCAAGUCCGUUUCUACUAGGAGCCACAAUAGAACACCACCUAGAUUUAUAUAGUUCACCACUUGCUGAACAGUUGAAAGAGGGUAUCUAUAUGGACAAUGUCAUCACCGGAGCCGAAACUGUGGAAGGUGCAAUUGAUCUAUACAGAAAUGCAAAGUCUAUGUUCAGUGGAGCUAAGAUGAAUUUGCGUCAGUGGUUAACCAACAAUGAAGAUGUGAAUAAUGAAAUUCCUGAGGACGACAAAGAUUUAAAGAUAAAAGUGUAA